ACUUGUGGCCGAGAAUCAAACUCUAAGGUUGACGUGGCAUCCACCUCUCGUUUAAACGGAUCAAAAUCGUAGACACGUACGUCCAAUGCCAACGGAGUCCCCGACCCCAAAGAACAACCUCGCGCGUUUUUAUUUCUUCCCCUGUUUGGUUGUCCAGAAAAUGCAAGAAAAUAAAGACCCCGCCAUCAGGCUCUUCGGCAAGAAAAUCUCCUUGCCUUCCGACGGAGAUACUCCGACAGUCUCCGGAGACGACUUCUGGGUGAGCGCUUCGGUGAAGGAAAAGUAUGGCAGAGUAAGAGGAGCAGAGGAGGAGGAAGAAGAAGAAGAAGAAGAAACAGAGAAGGAUCGACCAGCAGCAAAAGGCACUGGGACUACAAAGGAAGACGAUGAUCCACCUCCGAAUACAGAAGAGCCUACAGAUUUUGAAAGGCCUGAUGCUAAUGUGAAUCCUAAUACCCCCUCUAUAGAGGAAGAGAAAGCAAAAGCAGAGAAAGAACAGAGUGAUACAACCAACUCACAAGAGAAAACCCUGAAGAAGCCUGAUAAAAUUCUUCCAUGCCCUCGCUGCAACAGCAUGGACACGAAAUUCUGUUACUAUAAUAACUACAAUGUCCAUCAGCCGCGUCAUUUCUGUAAAGCCUGCCAAAGAUACUGGACUGCAGGUGGUACCAUGAGGAAUGUACCAGUCGGGGCUGGACGCCGUAAGAACAAGAACUCUGCCUCACAUUAUCGCCAAAUCACCACCUCUGAUGCUCUCCAAGUGGCUAGAUUUGACGCUCCAAAUGGAACUCACUACCCCACAAUGAAAAGCAAUGGCAGAGUCCUCAGCUUUGGAUUAGAUGCACCCAUAUGUGAUUCCAUGGCUUCUGUUUUAAGUCUUGCAGACAAGAAGGUUUUGAAUGGUGCCCGGAAUGGAUUUCAUAGCUUUGAGGAUCAAAGAAUUCCAGUUCCUGGUAAAGGUGGAGAAAAUGUUGAGGAUUGCUCAAGCGGAUCUUCUAUCAUAGUUUCAAAUUCAAUGGAGAGAGGGAAGCAUUGCCCUCAAGAACCAUUUGCGCAAAGCAUUAAUGGCUUCCCUCCUCAAAUUCCAUGUCUCCCUGGUGUUCCUUGGCCUUAUCCAUGGAAUUCUGCAGUACCCCCACCAGCUCUCUGCCCUCCUGGGUUUCCUAUGUCAUUCUAUCCGACAGCUUAUUGGAACUGUGGUGUCCCAGGCACUUGGAACAUUCCUUGGCCGUCUCCACAAUCUUCUCCAAACCAAAAGCCUCCAAGCUCGGGUCCACAUUCUCCAACAUUGGGGAAGCACUCAAGAGAUGGAGACAUGCUUAAACCAUACAAUUUGGAGAAAGAGGAGCCGCCAAAACAGAAAAACGGAUGUGUUUUGGUUCCAAAAACUUUGAGGAUUGAUGACCCAAGUGAAGCUGCAAAGAGUUCUAUUUGGGCAACGCUGGGGAUCAAGAAUGAAUCCCUCUGUGGGGGAGGAAUGUUUAAGGCCUUUCAAUCAAAGAGUGAUGAGAAGAAUCGCAUAGCUGAAACCUCCGCAGUGUUGCUGGCAAACCCCGCAGCCUUGUCUAGAUCCCUCAACUUUCACGAGAGCUCGUGAAGUGGUAGUUUAUGAUGUAAUUUCCAUUCAGGUAAAAAGCAUGACGUUGGAUUCAACUUAGUUUGGAGUGAGUUUGAAGCACUGACAGCCAUCCAGCAUUGUUCACUUUGGUUCAUCAGCCUCAUUGCAGACAAAUUCCAGGAAUUGAAGGGGGUUUUCUCACAAAGCUAGGCAAUUAAGUAGGAACUAAUUUUGUCUUCUUUUAACGGUAAUGAGCAGGUGCCUUUUGAUGUACUUAGUUUGCUCUGUUCGUGUACAUGUACAUGUUUAUAAAUAUGUGAGAUAACGAGAAAGAGUUGGAGAAAGACCUUUAGAUGUAUAUAAAUCCAAAUGUAUGGGGCUAAAAUUUUCAUACUACUCGAUUGUUAGAAUAUUAACUAAAUGGUUAAAUUCACCAUUUAGCUUUAUCUUUUUGGAUAAUUGAUGAUUUCGUAUGAUAUCAGAGCAAAUGUUAUGAGUUUAAA